AUGUCCGCGGCCUUAUUCCGCCAUGACGGACCCCACGGCCCGCCGCUCCGCCGACGACACAUCCAAACCCCGGCGCUCCGUGGCGGCCGACAGUGGCGUCAUAAAACCCUCCGCUCGACGGUGGGCGGGGCCGGAGCGGCGUUCCAGCGUGACCCCAGCGUGGAACUCAGCCCCUUCCUGUUAGUCGACCAGAACGAUGACGCCAACCCACCGGCUGUCGUUCGUCGGCGCAUCCUGGUGGAACCAGCGUUCGGUCGGCAGCAGCGGAAUACAGGCCAGGCGGAGGACCAGUUCCGGCAGAUUGUCCUGGAUCAGGGGAUUACGGAUAAGCAUCUGCUGGAGGAGAUUAAACGCGGCAGCAAUAAUCUGUACGAGCUGGGCAAGCUGCUGCCGCUGCGGAAUGUCCAUGAUUAUGUGGAUUAUAGCAGUGAGGAGCUGGCGCAUACCUACUUCAAAGAACACGCAACGGGGAACCUUUUGCUAUCUAAUGGCUUCCGCUACGCGAUCCUCUUCGUUAUUUUAUGGAACACCGUACUCAUCGGUUUGGAGACCCAUCCGACACUCAGUCUGCGCUAUGCAGCGCUUUUUGAAGCCAUGGAAAAUAUCAUCAUGGCGGCGUUUAUCAUUGAAAUCCUAAUCAAAUGGUACUAUAACUUUGACGUCUUCUGGAAAGGCGGCUGGAACAUCCUGGACUUCCUCAUCGUCUGCGUGUUGUUCUUCGGCAGCAACUGGCACUUUCUGGGCACCAGCCGGGUUCUCCGUAUUCUGCGGGUGGUACGGGCGUUCCGCUCGCUCCGUGAUACACCGCUCUUCAGUGGACUGAGCCUCAUCUUCCAGACGGUGACGCGUUCACUCCCGGACAUGGUAAACAUUAGUCUCUUAAUGGCGCUGGUCAUCUGCCUGCUGGGUGUGGUGGGAGUGCUGGUCUUCGGGGAUUUCGCGCCGAAUAACUUUGGGACGUUCUCCGAUGCCGUGUUCUCCGUGUUCAUCUGCCAGACGCAGCGCGGCUGGAUCAAUAUCUUCAAUCCGUUCAUCGCGGCCGGUGGCGGUUAUUACAUUGGAUCCUUCCUGUAUUUCGUCCUGACGAUCACCCUAACCGCGUUCAUCCUAAAGAACCUCUUUGUCGCCGUCGUCGUCUCGAAUCUGAAGAAGGAGAUGCGUCUGGCCAAAGCGGAACGCGAACGCCAGAUGAUCAAACGCCAGAACGCCCUGCCGCCCAAACCUCCCACGGACGGCGACCAGGAGGAGGAAGACGAGGCGGACGCCAAAUCCUCCCUCGUCCCCAUGGUGGAGGCGGCGCGGCACUGGAAAGCCGGCGACACGCAGCGCCGCGUCCUGUCGCCCAUGUUUUUGAAUAUGGUCAACGUGGAGGAAUACCGCAAGUUCCUGCUGCUGCAGGCGGCGUUGGAAAUCAAUUUGACGGAGUACGAACAGCUGCGGGCGCAGUUCAAGCAGGUGCAUGAUGCUGUAGCGGGGCUGAACGAGAAUUAUUUUCGGGCGCUGCGGAAGGAUACGCUGUCGCGGUUCAGCGCACCCCGGAAACGCUCCAAGUUGGACGUCAUCUCGAAAGUGUCGGUGUAGCGGGAAACGCUGACGCUUCCCGCCACGAUUUACAGAACUUUGUUAAUAACAUUACCAACUUCUUGCGCAAACACCGGUAUUUAUUCGCUUGACUGGAAGUAUGUUAAGAAAUCAUUGAGUAAAUUAAUUACUGAAAUUACAAGACUUCUGCUAGUGGCAUUCGGUUUCUGUGCACAAAUAAAAUGCUAAAAAAAA